UCAAAAAAUAAUUUUCGUAUUGCGUCUCAUCAGUUUAUUCGUUAUGUUCGUGGAACUAUUAGUGCCAAUAUUAGUUUCAAUAAUAACAGUAUCUGAUGCAUCGAAUAUUCUUGUGGUGAUUCCGACUCCCGCUUAUAGUCAUCAAAUCAGCUUACGUCCGAUAUGGAAGGAAUUAUUAGCAAACGGCCAUCAAAUAACACUGGCUACGACGAAUCCCAUUCAAGAUCCCUCUCUGGACAACCUGAAGGAAAUAGACAUGCACGAAACGUAUUCUUUAAUGUCAUCUUUCUAUUCUCAGUUGCCCAAGGUGAAUAAAUUUAAAAGUAUAAGUUUGGCUCACGAAACUCUUGAUUCUAUAUUAGAUUACCAACUAUCUAAAUAUCUUUUGCCUUCUAUUAGAAACGAGACAAUUUAUGAUCUUGUGAUAGUGGAAUCCCUCUUACCAGAGUAUUUGACAUUUGGUGAUUAUUUCCAAUGUCCCACUAUAAUGAUAGCAUCUUUCGAAGUAACGAAUAUGGUUUAUAACUAUGUAGGUAAUCCAACGAAUCCUGCUGUUUAUCCGGACAUGUUGUUGCCGAUAGUUGCCGGAAAACUCAAUUUUAAAGAAAGAUUAGUCAGUUUUCUCUACGAUCAUUUAUUUCACCUCUAUAAAAUAUUCAUAAGCUAUCCGACGAGAAGAAAAAUUUUGGAAAAAUAUUUUGGACAAUCAGUACGUUAUAUUGAAGACUUAUAUUAUGAUAUAGACUUACUUAUGUUAAAUGUAAACCCUAUUAUCAAUGAUAUCAAGCCAGUUGGACCUGCAACUAUUUCUUUUGGAGGUGCCAUUCAUGUUUUACCUGCGAAACCGCUACCCAAGGAUUUGCAGGAGUAUUUGGACAGUGCGACGGAAGGAUGUAUUUAUUUCAGCUUAGGAACUAAUUCCAAAAGCAUACAUCUGGAGCAAAAGAAAAUUGAAAUAAUCAAAGAAGCUUUGGGCGAACUACCAUACAAAAUUUUAUGGAAAUUUGAAUCUGAAGAAGUGACGAACUUGCCGAACAAUAUCAAACUCAUUUCUUGGGUACCACAACAAGAUAUACUUAGACAUCCCAACGUGAAAUUAUUCAUUACACAAGGAGGAAUUCAAUCUUUAGAAGAGGCCAUUGUCAAUCAUGUACCGAUGGCCAUGCUACCCGUAUUUGGCGAUCAGGAAGCUAACGCAAAAAGAAUGGAAUUGAAGGGUAUUGCUAAAAUAAUACCUCACCAACCACUUCCUGAUAAAGAUGAAUUCAAGAGGAUAAUAUUCGAACUAAUUAAUGAUUCUAAGUAUAAAGACAAUAUCAUCAAAAUUGCAAAUCUGCUACUGGAUCAACCGAUGGGAGGAGUCGAGAAAGCCGUGUGGUGGAUAGAAUAUGUGAUUAGACAUAAAGGAGCAAAACAUCUGCGAAAUCCAGCACUAGACGUACCUUUUUACCAAUACUACUCCUUAGAUGUUAUAGCUGCACUUCUUUUGAUUACUUACAUUUUAUUUAAACUAGUUUUAAUCGUAGCAACUAUCAUGUUACAGAUAGGUAGAACUCUUUUGAGUUUUGUUAAAAUAAAAAACCAAAAGAAGAAGACGAAUUAAUAAAUCGAUUCAAUAUU